AUAUCGGAACCUUGAACGGAGCUUUGUAAACAACUGUUAAAGGUCAAUAGUGACGUCGCGAAUAGAAACAGCGCCUCACGCGACUAAUUUGGUAAAUUUGUACAAUGAACGAAAUCGGACCAUGGCGAGUAACGUGAUAAGAAGAUGUGGUUUAUAUUUCUUCAAGAAGGGUGAUGUGUCUUGCCGCUUUUAUCGUUCUGCCCCGUUGCUGACCGCCCAGGAAGUGGCCACGGCCCUUCGUCCCUUUUACUUUGCCGUGCACCCGGAUCUGUUUUGGCAAUAUCCGAAGGAAAAGGAAAUUAAUGAGAAUUCUUUGAAACAACUGAAUGAGUUUUUGGAAACAUUAAUAAAAAAUCAUCCUAAUUAUCCAACAUGUGUUACCUUCUAUUUAAGAGACACAAAAUCAAAAGCAAAUGUAAUUAACACAGAUAAUUUUAAAUCUGUUAAAAUAAAACUCCUGGGAAGAGAUAUUCACAAAACAGUUCAUGCAAUUUUAUCAGCUUGUCAAUUAUCAACUGAAUACCUGGAUCAAUUGCAUGCAAACAAAAAUAAUAUAAAGUCAUCUAGUUCUGAAAGUCGAAUUGAAUUCAAAGUUGAUUUUAAUGCUGUUAAAGAAUGGAAAAUUCACGACAUAACAUUUAGUGAAGUCAAACAGAAAAUUGAGAAGGAACCAGAGGUUGAUCUUAAGAUUUGGUUAUCACAAAAUAUUUCUAAAGCACAAGAAAAAUUAAAAGCAUCACAACCAAUUAGGGAUGAAGUAAGCAAAUUACGUAAAGAACUUAAAAGUUCAUUAGAACUAAAAAAUCUUUUUUGGAAAUGUGGUUGGGGCAUAUCACAUUUUCGGGGAUGUCUUUUAAGUUUUAGGAGUCUGGCUAUUCAGCAUCCUGAUGAUAUGAAAGUGCUGAAAGGUAGGACACUUGUGUUUGCAUUAGAAACGGGUGUGAGUCUUGAUAGUCAUGUUAUAUUGAGCAGUGAAGAUGUGAGACAUAAUUGGUUAGAUUUAAUUAAAUCAGUACAUCAGUAUGAUAACCUGUUAGCUCAAGCUCCAUCUGUACAAAAAGCAUUAUCUGAUGUCUUGAGGGGAAUUACGAUUAAUCAUCGAGAAUUUCGACAGUCAGUGAUGGUGAAAAAAUACAUGCAACAAUUACAGAAAUUAACUUCAGCUUUGUAUAGAUACUAUUGGAAAAAUGGAUAUCCAGAUUCUUGGCCUGAUCGUUUAAACAAAUUUCAAUUAGCUGUAGAAUGUGAGGCAGGUCCAUUGAUGCUAUCUCCAACAGGCCAGUUUAUUGUUCCUGCAUCUUGCCCUGCAUUCUUAUUGAUAGAUUUUAUUUCUAAACACAUGGAAGAAGCACAACUAAAAAUGGAAGAAUAUAAAAGGUUGAGAAGAGAAGAAUGGAAACUCUACGAUCGCUGCAUGACCGAAUUGGGCCUGGCUUCACUAGACAAGGAUGAUAACGUUACACCUGACCUAAUGGUGCAAUGUUGCAGGAGAUUAUUGGACAGUGGUAUGUCUUCCAUACACUAUUUGAGAAACUGCAGACUCAGAAUAUCACACUAUUAUUCCAUCUUGCAAGACGGAGAGAUGUGCAUCCCAUGGAAUUGGAAGGACGACCAAACACUUUAGUCGAUCAGACCAUAUAUUAGACUUCUGUAAUAUAAUGUAGAAAUGCAUUUUAUUAUAUAUGCUUCACAAUUAUAUUUGGCAAUAAACAUUGCCUUUUUAUCAAACAUUUUGAGAUAAAUUUCACAUUUUUAAUUCCAAGCUUGAAUCUUUGUUAUCCGUUUUAUUCUGUAACGGAUAAGAAUUAUUUUAAGUACAAAUUGGAUAGACUAUUUAUUUGUAUAGAAAUAUUUAUAGUCAAUAAAUAUAUUAAUUUGUUAUUUAGUUCUUUGAAUUUUGUUAAAUUAUAAUGUCAUACCAAAGGUUCACUUAUACAGGAUAAAUCAUAAUAGGUUCUACAAAUACCUAUGUAAAUGAAUGCAUGAAGAUCUCAAAUUCAGAUGUUAUUUGAUAAAAAGCAAAAGAACUUGUUUAUUGUCAUCAUCAUAAUGCCAGGCUGCAACUUUUAAGUUAAAGUAUGAUUAAUCAGGUCACCAGCUCAUUCUCAAGAUUAAAUUUCCAUCUGUCUUGUCCUUUGUUAUAGGUCUGCAAUUUUCAACUUACAGUAAAAUAUACAUGUCAAGACCACACAGAUAAUUUAUACUGCUUCACACAGUGAUA